CUAGAAGAGAAGUAAAACUGAUCUCCUGAGUCCGAGUUCCGCUUCUUCCCUCGGCUUUUGCUGAAAUUUCAAAGCUUGCUUCGUUUGUUACUGAUUGUCCUCUUUCACUUCUUUAGUAAUCCGUCACCAACUAGAUACAGACAUCAAUUCUCCUUCCAUUUCGAUCGAGAUGGAGGGCUUACCAACGACUAUGAAAUCUGAGAGACGAUGGAGAUCGAAGCCUACACACACAUCCAAACCUUCACUGCUGAUGGCUUUUUUCUCUUGCCUCGCUUGGCUUUACGUUGCUGGCCGGCUGUGGCAAGAUGCAGAGAACAGAACAUUACUUGCUAGUCUUUUGCUGAAGAACUCAGCUCAGAGGCCAAAGGCACUCACAGUUGAAGAUAGGCUACAAAACCUUGGAUGCAAAGAUCUUGAGAGGAGAAUUGUGGAAGCUGAGAUGGACUUGACGCUGGCAAAGAGUCAAGGUUAUCUAAAGAACCAGUUGCUUCAAAGUGGGUCUUCUUCGGGCCAAAAGCUUCUUGCUGUUAUUGGCGUCUAUACUGGAUUUGGAAGUCGCUUGAAACGCAAUGUGUUUAGAGCGUCUUGGAUGCCUAGAGGUGAUGCUUUAAAGAAACUCGAGGAAAGAGGAGUGAUCAUACGCUUUGUGAUUGGUCGAAGUCCAAAUCGAGGUGAUAGUUUAGAUCGCAAUAUUAAUGAGGAAAAUCACUUCACAAAGGACUUCUUGAUUAUGGAAGGCCAUGAGGAGGCUCAAGAGGAAUUUCCAAAGAAAGCAAAGUUCUUCUUCAGCACUGCAGUGCAAAUUUGGGAUGCAGAAUUUUAUGUAAAAGUUGAUGAUAAUAUUGAUCUUGAUCUAGAGGGAUUGAUUGAACUUCUUGAUCGUCGCCGUGGCCAAGAUGGCUCUUAUAUUGGAUGCAUGAAGUCAGGGGUAGUAGUAAGUGAAGAGGGAAGGUCAUGGUAUGAGCCUGAAUGGUGGAAAUUUGGGGAUGAUAAAUCGUACUUCCGACAUGCAGCUGGUCCACUUUUUAUACUCUCCAAAAAUUUGGCUCAGUAUAUCUAUGUAAACAGUGCAUUCUUGAAGACUUAUGCUCAUGAUGAUAUAUCAGUGGGAUCAUGGAUGAUGGGCCUGCAAGCAAAUUAUACAGAUGAUAAUCGUCUUUGCUGCAGUAGCAUUAGACAAGACAAGUUGUGUUCCCUUGCUUGAUCAGAAAACACAAAUUUAUAGGCAUGGAGUCAUGGAGUCCUCUGUGGAUGCCGUUCUGGAUGGUGGCCAAACAUGUACAAAAUUCAAUAUUGCUUUUACAGCAUAUUGUGCAGCUCGUUAUGAUGAGUUGUGCUGCAAACAUUUGAGAAGCGGAAGCUAGAUUAUUCUUCUACAUGCAGAUGAUUCCGUCAUUCUUUCUGACAUUUUAAACUAUGGAGUAUGUUAAACAGAGUUGUAAACUAUUUAAGAUAUUUUAUUUUUUUUUGAUAAAUAGCAAAAAAAAAAACAACUAUUUAAGA